AUGUCUCGUGUCUCAACUCCACCGCAGACCCCAACCCAGGCAACUCACACUGUUCUGAACGGUCUUACAACUCCUCAAAGCUCCCCAGGGUCUGAUGUCGCUCCCAAAUCCCGAGUUGUCGAGAACUUCCGCCCUAUCAGCGUCAUCAUCAUUGGCGCUGGCUUCUCUGGAAUCUACUGCGGCAUUCGAAUACCUGAACGGCUACGCAAUGUCAAGUUGACGAUAUACGAGAAGAACUCUGGGAUUGGAGGGACGUGGUAUGAGAAUCGGUACCCGGGCUGCGCUUGUGAUAUUCCUUCACACUCAUAUCAGUACACAUUUGCACCCAAUCCUAAUUGGAGCCAGUCGCAUGCUCCAGGGCCAGAGAUCCUCCAAUAUCUCGAGUCUGUCACGAAACGAUACUCUGUAGACCGCUUCAUCAAAACCUCGCACAAGGUGCUUGACGCAACAUGGGAUGAGAAGACGUCCCAGUGGCAUGUCACUGUCAAGAACCUACAGACUGGAGAGAUUUUGGAGGAUAGGGCAGAUGUUGUCAUCAGUGCCCGGGGCACUCUGAACGAGAGAUCCUGGCCUGAUAUCCCAGGACUCCAGGACAUGAAGAUCCCGGUCAUGCACUCUGCGUCUUGGGAUGAGAGUGUCAACUUCGAGAACAAGAGAAUUGGUAUCAUCGGCGGUGGAAGCAGUGCGAUUCAGAUCAUCCCCAAGUUGCAGAAAUUACCUGGGACUAAGCUCAGCUGCUUUGUUCGAAGCAAGACAUGGAUUGCCAAGCCAAUUGGCGAAUCUGUGAUGAAGAGUCUUGGAAUAGAUGACGAAGUCUUCUCCCCUGAGCAAAGAAAGAAGUUUGCAACGGACCCUGAGUAUUAUCUCAACUUUCGAACUGCUAUUGAAAGAGAUGGCAACUCGGCUCACUCUCUCACCAUGAAGGACUCCCAGAUGCAGAAGCUUGCACGGGAGGACCUGAUCGUACUCAUGCGAAAGAAACUGGAGAGUAAACCGCAUAUCUUUGAGUCGCUGCUGCCAGACUUUGGCGUGACCUGUCGACGACUGACACCUGGCCCUGGAUAUCUUGAAGCCCUCACAGAAGACAACGUUGAGUUCAUCAGUACGCCCAUCGCCAACGCGACAGAAACAGGUCUAGUUCUACAAAGCUCAGAGGAGAAGAAGCUGGACAUUCUGGUCUGUGCCACUGGGUUUCAAACCUCUGCUCCUCCACCAUUCCCAGUGGUUGGGAAGAAUGGCCAGACGAUGCAGCAACGAUUCGAGCCAUACGCAGAGACUUAUCUAUCCCUUGCCACAGAUGGAUUCCCCAACUACUUCAUGAUGUUGGGUCCGAAUGCGGCAAUCGGCACGGGCCCUCUCACAACCAUGAUCGAGAGGACCGGGGACUACAUCGUCAAGUGUAUACGGAAACUCCAAAAGGAGGGUAUCUCGAGCAUGGAGCCAAAAGCGACACGAGUCAAAGACUUCUCGCAUAUAAUCGACGAGUACUUCAAAGGAACAGUCUAUCUCGAUAGGUGCAGCAGCUGGUACAAGAACAAGGGCGGCAGAGGUGACCGCAUCACAGGUGUGUGGCCAGGAAGUGCGCUGCACGCCAUGGAGACUCUGCGUUCGCCCCGCUGGGAGGAUUUUGACUACGUGUACAGUGAGGAUGGUGCUGGGAAAGAGGCCAACAGGUUGGCUUGGCUUGGAGAUGGGUGGUCUGCGGCGCAAGUUGACCCUGGGGAAGGCGAGCUGGCGCAUUUCUUGCAGCCGGAGCUGAUUGACAUUCCAUCAGAGCCUUUUCCAGAGGAUACCCCUGUGUUCAGGAUGCUUCCGUUCUCUCAUUAG